AUGCACUUCAGCACCCUAAAGCUGCUCGAGCUGCAGGAACUGAACAGGUACGUCCACGGCUUAUCUUUUGAGGCAGGUAUGAUGAGCACCAUAGAGGAGCCAGAACUUCAGGAGAGCCAUAUCGCCACGAUACAUCAUGCAGGGAUGCACAACGCGUUGGGGAUGCGCUCGGCCAGCAUCGCCCUGUCUUCCACCGGCUCCUGGCGAGACGCGUCGCGCAACUGGGGCUGGCUGCUGUCCGGGGCCGUGCUCCUCAACGUGCUCAUGCUUGGAUGCGCGCUCAUGGGCGGCAGCGUGUUUAACGCGCAACACAUAACCAGCGUCCACCUGCAGCUCUACCUCGUAGUGCUGAUCCUCUCCACUACCGUCUGGAUGGUCUUCUACAAGGCGUACACGUGCCGCGAGGACGAGGCCGUGCUCUACAAGGAUGUGCACGCCGGGCCCGUGUGGCUCAGAGGUGGCCUGGUGCUCUUCGGUAUCUGCAGCUUAAUCAUGGACGUUUUUAAGACCGCCUUCUAUGUGGGUCUUGUGCACUGUGACUCACCUGUGAAAAUCAUCUUCCCUGUUGUGCAAGCCAUGUUUGUUUUGGUGCAGACUUACUUUCUCUGGCUCCAUGCCAAGGAUUGUGUGCAAGUGCAGAGAAACAUAACUCGCUCUGGGCUAAUGCUCACCUUGGCCACAAACCUGAUGAUAUGGAUGACAGCAGUGACAGAAGAGUCUCUCCAUAAAACAGUGUAUACCAAUGAUACCGGUAACCAUGGUUCCCAGAGUGUCUUACUUAGAGCUAGCUCGCCUAACGGUAACAGCAGUUGCACGUGCAGUAUCACGGCAUGCAGCAUCUUUGAAGAGGCCUACUAUUACCUCUAUCCGUUCAACAUUGAGUACAGCUUGUUUGCAUCAGCCAUGGCUUAUGUGAUGUGGAAAAACGUGGGCCGGCUGCUGGAUGACCACGGGCAUCAUGAGCACCGCUUCCGCAUGCGUGAUGUGCUGAUUGGCCCAGCCUGUGGCCUCCUGGUGUUGGUGGCUGGCCUGACCAUAUUUGUAGUGUAUGAGGUGGAUGUAUCAUCUGAUGAGAAGGAGAAGAAGGACACGGCCCUCAUCAUGUACUAUGUGGCCAACACAAUCACAGUGGUCAUGAUGUCUGUGGCAGCAGCAGGCGGCUGUGCUCUGUACCGGCUGGAGCAGCGUGAGCACGCAGUGGGCAAGAACCCAACACGCAGCCUGGAUGUGGGGUUGUUACUGGGUGCCUCUGUAGGCCAGCUCACCAUCUCCUACUUCACCAUUGUGGCCGUGUUGGCGAUUGGUGUGGGCGGCCUAGUCAAUGCCCUCAACCUGGCCUGGAGUGUGCUCACUGUAAUCGAGCUUUGUGUACAGAAUGUGUUCAUUAUUGAAGGCUUGCGGCGGGAACCACACCAGGACACACGCCGUGCCAGCAUCUUCUCCAAUCUGCUCGCCUUGCAAGCACACGAUGAGUGCCGGAGGUCCAGUAACGUGCUCACGCCUCGUGGCUCUAUUGCCAUCGUGGUCCACAAGCCCCUGCCCUGGAAGAGGAAGCUUCUCAAGGAGAUCUCGUCAUUCCUGUUGCUUUCCAACAUCAUUCUUUGGAUCAUGCCUGCCUUCGGCGCACGCCCAGAGUUUGACAACCACCUUGGAGGGGAUUUCUACCAGUCUAGCAUGUGGGGGGCUGUGGUUAACAUUGGACUGCCUUUUGGGAUCUUUUACAGAAUGCACUCAGUAGCCAGUCUUUUUGAGGUGUUCCUUACCUCUUGAAUCUACAGCCUUAUAAAAUACCUGUUCGUAUUUUGUAAAACUUUUUUUUUUUUUUUUUUUUGUAAAUGAUGCAAUCUGUUUGUUUAAAAAAAAAGGACUUUUGUUGUCUUUUAAUAUCCACUUGGGAAACUUUUGAAGAGCUUGUGUAAAGAUUUGUGUAUCUUAGGUGUGCAGAUGGGUGACAAAUGAGUCUCUUAGUAAGGGGUUUGGGUCACCACAAGCCGACAGAACAGCUUGAAUAUACAUUGCCACAGAUUCUACAAGUCUCUGCAAUUGUACUGGAGGGAUGGAACACCAGUCUUUCAAAAGUUAUUCAACCAGUUGGUGUUUUAUGAUGGCAGAGGAGAGCGCUGUCCAACAUCCUGGUACAAAGGAUAUUGGACUUCUGAUCAGAAGGUCGUGAGUUCAAAUCCCAGCACUGCCAAGCUGCCACUGCUGGGCCCUCGAGCAACGCCCUUAACCCUCGACUGUUCAGUUGUAUUACAUUUUUUUUUUUUGAUAAUUGUAAGUCGCUCUGGAUAAGGGUGAUUGCCACCCACACAUUUCUCAUUUAAUUGGGUUGAGAAGUGGUGUGUGAAGGCCAUAGAAUAUGACAUAUUUUUCACACUUAUCAAAUCACUCAGCAAGCCCUUGUGGCCUGUGGAAGUCAUUCUGGAAGAGACCACUCUCAUCAAGAUAGGAUUAUCAUGCCAGCAAAAUGUUUCAGGUGCAUAACACACCCAAUCAUUUUGUUUUUUCCCCUGUAAAGUGUCACCUGUCUGCAUGUCCUGAUUAUGUGCAGCUUAAAAUAUUUGAUAUAAAAACUUUAUACACAUUCAGAAGUACAAAUAUUCAUACUUCCAAUAGGAAAAAUGCACUUUACUAACACUAAUAAAACUAAAUAGCCUUGCAUGGACUCAAUUAUAAUUUCUAUUGGUGUCUUUACACAGAGUGGAACAAAAGAAAAAAAAAAAAGCAAACAGAUAACACUCACUA